UGAACGCUUUUAUUGUGUCAAGUCCCAGUUCUGUGCGGGUACCCGGAGUGCGCGGUUUUGGCGCGCGUUUUGCCGCCAUUAUUGUUUUUAAGUGACGUUUUGUUUGUUAAUUGACCAGUGGUAGUUCAAAGAUUACAAGAUGAAUAAAAAAUCACACAAAAAAAAGAAUAAGAAGAAGGGAAAGAAUGACGGAAGAAACAAAGAGAAUGUUAUAGAAGCAGAGAAAGAGGUAGAAGAAUCGGUUCCAGAAGAUACACCGAAGAAAGAACUAUGCUAUGAGAUCAAACACUCUGAUGUUAUGGGAAGAUACGUGGUGGCGACUCGUGAGAUCAAGCCCGGUGAGGUGAUCAUGUCGGAACCAGCUCUGGCCGUGGGUCCUUGCGCCGGCUGCGGGCUGAUCUGCCUCGGCUGCUACCGCGAGCUGGACGAAAGCAGCUUGGUCAAGUGUGCUGGUUGCAAGUGGCCUCUCUGCAGCAGCACCUGCCACGGCCUGGGCAAAUACACAGGCCAUUCUACGUAUGAGUGCCAGGCUCUGAAGGCUGUACCACCAGACUACUCCAACCUGGAAGACCUUAAAGACUCCUACCACGCUCUCAUGCCAUUGAGAUGUCUCCUCCUCAAAACAGCAGAUGGUGCGAAGUGGGCAGUGAUAUCCACCAUGGAGUCGCACAACGAGCUCCGCCGCGCCAGAGGAGACAUAUGGCCAAUGAACCAGAGGCUGGUAGUAGACCGGCUGAAGAAGUGGAAGAUGGGCUUCAAUGAGGAGGAGAUACACACCGUGUGCGGGAUAUUGGAGGUAAACGCAUUCGAAGUGGGCGGCACGGGCGCGAACGCACGUGCGCUGUACGGUACGGCGUUCCUAUUGGCGCACGCGUGCGCGCCGACCACGACGCACACGGACGCUGAGCGUGCACGUGGUCGCCCGCUCACCGUGCGCGCUGCCGUUGCUCACAAGCCCGGAGAUCUGAUCACGCUGUGCUACGCGUAUACGCUGCAGGGCACCCUAAAACGUCGCGAGCACCUACGCCUAAGCAAGUUCUUCGAAUGCGCAUGCGCACGGUGCGCAGACGCGACCGAGUUGGGCACGCAGGCGAGCGCGCUGGUAUGCCCGCGGUGCGGCGCGCGCGUGCUGUCUGCCGCGCCGCUGCGCCGAGACGCGCCGUGGCGGUGCGUCGCGACGCAUUGUGCGUACGAGAUGCCUGUCACUGCUAUACAGCUGCUGCUGCAGAGACUGACAGAGGAGCUGGAGGGUAUAGACGCGAACGACGUGUCCGAGUUCGAGGGCUACCUGGUGAAGUACCGCAACGUGCUGCACCCCAACCACUACCUGUGUCUGUCCGCGCUGCACUCCCUCAGCCAGCUGUAUGGGAAGGUAUCAGAGUACAUGAUCCACGAGAUGCCGGAGUCGCUGCUGAACCGCAAACUGGAAAUCUGUCGAAACCUCAUGAAGGUGUUCGAUGUCAUUGAGCCGGGAUACUCCAGGUUACGAGGUAUCACGUUGUACGAGCUCCAUGCUCCCCUAAUGGUGCUGACCACAAGAGACUUUGAGAGGAAGUCCAUCACCAAAGACUGCUUGAGAAGCCGCUUGAAGGAGAUCGUGGGCUACCUAUCGGAGUCAGCUCUGAUCCUGGGUUUUGAGUCGCCGCACUCCCCCGAGGGUCUGAUGGCUGGUGCAGCGAGAGAGGCUUUAAAGAAGAUCAAGACUUGGGAGCAGAUCAUCGGGAAGAUAUCAUGAAUGUAGAUGACGUGCGAGUAUGGUUAAUGGUGUCGAAAGGCUGACUGUGAUCGGUGGAAGGAAAUAAAGCGUCUAUUUUGAAUAUUUCAUUAAUAUUACUAAUUCUUGGCAGUAGAUUGUAGAAUCUUUAAGUAUUCUAAAUUAAAAGACAUUAAUUUGUGUGUAUAAAUUAAUAUUAAGUAUUUAUUUUUAUUUUGUUAACGUGUUGGUCUGUAAAUAUUAUUUUACUUGAUUUUAAGUUGUCUGUUUUGUAAAACUUAUUAUUUUUCAGUUUUUAUACCCAAUUUGGUACUUUGUAAGUAAUGCUGGAAUAUCAGCUGUAAAAGGUUUUUAUUGACAUUGUACUUAGUUUCGUAUAAAAACUGGCGAGCGGAGCGAGCAAAAAUAAAAAAUUAUUUGAAUAUAGUCAAGUGUCAACAGGUCGUUAAUCUUCAAACAUUGUAUAAUACCUAGGUUAAGAGAACUUGAGUGCCUAGUAAUGAAGGUAUGCAUUUCUUUGUUAUUCAUUACACAAAUGUGCAAUUUAUUGAUGAAACUUAUAAAAUACUUUUGUAUCGGUUGCCAAAGAAUUUCUAGUCCCACUAUUAUAUUUGUUAAUGGUUAAUUUUUGUCAAAAUUUAAUUUUAUAAACGUGAAAAGAGAAAGUAGUUGAUUGUCUUCUUCGUAUUUAAUUUGUU